AUGCCCUUCAUAUUCCCGCAAACCGGCAGGAAAACCCAACGGAAGUCUGGGGCCUACCAUGAGCUCCGAGGCAUACGGACCAUGCUGCAAAUACCAGAACCGACAGAGACACCUACAUACUCACCCUGGUUCCAGUACACGCAGCCCCAACAAAACCCGGACACCAUGGGCAGAAGAUCCCAAAAACCAGGUGCGUGUAAAGACACACAGGACAUAAGCGCCAUGUUACAGCGCCCUGCAGCCGCAAAAUUGGCGGCCGAGCCAGAAUGCACCGAUGGCUCAGACUGCUCUGAGGGACCCCCCGGGGAGCAACUAGAACCUUCAUGCACCCAAGCACUCCAAACAGAACCGGCAAGGGGAAAGGACCUGACCCCAGCGACCAGACAAGACAUAGCUGAGCUCCUACUGGAAAUGAGGCAGCUACAUGCAGCGGACCUAGAACUGCUGAAAACAGACCUCACAGCAGUGACAGCACGCACUCAAGCCUCUGAGGAGGCCAUACUGGACUUAAGACAAGAGGCACAAGGCUUCAAAGAAUCCAUAAUCCAACUACAGUCCUCCCAAGCUAACUUAACGAACAGGGCUGACAUAGCUGAAGACCGCCACAGACAGGUAAACAUAAAGAUACCCGACUCCGUCGGCAUAACUGAGUUACCCCACUACCUCAGACGACUCACCACCUCCCUCUUGCCACACACCAAGGCCAAGAAACUCACCUUUGAGGGAUUCUUCCACAUCCCAAAGCCAAGACAAGCUCCACUGACAGCAUCACACAACUUCAUAAUCAGAUGCCACUCGUCCACUGAAAAGGCCCUCAUAAUGGCUGCAGUCCGGGGUAAAACUCCGCUCACUUUUGAAUCCAGUUAG